CACGCGCUCCACACUCCUUCACCACCACCACCUCCUCCUCCUCCACCGGUCCUCUCCACGCACUCCACAAUCCUUCACCUCCUCCUCCUCCACCGGUCCUCUCCACACGCUCCACACUCCUUGCCCACCUCCUCCUCCUCAUCCCUUCACGAGCUUGCAUGCCAGUUGAGUGCUGAAGUGCGCUCAGAAAGCAGAGUACUCUCUCACACUCUCUCUCGCUCUCUCUCUCUCUCACACACACACACACACACACACACACCUCUCUCUCUCUCUGUCUCUCUCUCUCAGCGCUCUUAUACACUACACACAUUACAUUACACUACAGUACAUUACUGCUGCUGGACUUUGGCUUGGACUCAUCUAGCACAUGGACGAGAUGUUUCUCUCUUAUUUUCUUCUUUUGAAUGCCAUUACAGAUUUGGAGUUUACAUAUUACAGAUUUUUUUAAUUAUUAUUUUCUUUCUUUUUUUUUAUUUUAUUUUUUUAACAAAAUGUUUUGCUUUGAAGGCGCGCGGCUGAUUUGCGAAGUCCCGGAAACGGACAGCAUCACUUUCUUCUAGCUUCUAGACGCGUAACCUUGUAGUUCACACACUGUUCUCGGGUCAUUCCUAGAACCGGAAAAGGACCGGAGACAAAAUUAUUUAACAUGAAUGAAUGAAUCAAUCAAUAAACAAACAAAUCAUUAAAGCUCGUCUCCAGAGUUUCCGGAUCAGGAUCUUCCGCAUCAGUUCACUUGACACGAAUGCGCGCGGGUUUCUUGGAAAUCUCUUGAAAAUUCACGGAUAUGUGUGUCUGAGGUCUGAGUGUGUACAGUACGCGCGUGCGUAACGUUGCGAUUUAACGCACACACACACACACACACACACACACACAGACACGCGCGGAGUUUCAAGGAGUACGCCGCGUGCAGCGCGUGCGUCCACGGAUUCUCGUUCUCCGUUCCCGGGAAAGGCAGUAUGAGCUCGGUGCAUGCGUGUCCGUCUCCACCGGCUUUCCUCAGUCCCUAAGCAAAGGACAUAAAGUGUGUUCUUGACGGGCACACACACACACACACACACACACACACACACACACACAGACAAACAGAGAGAAUUAAAGUGGUGCUUGGAUGUGUACUAUGCCAGAAUGGGUCCGCUAGCGUGGCUCUUCCUCUGCGGAUUAUUUCACUCACAGGCUGGGGGAUCUCGUCUGCGGCAGGAGGAUUCGCCGCCCCGCAUCGUGGAGCAUCCUUCUGACCUGAUUGUGUCCAAGGGCGAACCCGCCACCCUCAACUGCAAGGCCGAGGGGCGGCCCACGCCAACGGUGGAGUGGUACAAGGACGGCGAGAGGGUCGAGACAGACAAAGACGACUCUCGUUCCCAUCGCAUGCUGCUGCCUACCGGCUCCCUCUUCUUCCUGAAAAUAGUCCACGGCCGCCGGAGCAAACCGGAUGAAGGAUCGUACGUCUGUGUGGCCCGCAACUACCUCGGGGAAGCAGUGAGUCGUAACGCCUCCCUGGAAGUAGCAUGUAAGUCUCUGAUUUUCACAUGCACACACGUUGGGUUCUUUAUAACGUUCUCCGAAAUUACCUCAUGGCUGAUUUUGGUCAUUUCUGCUGACCCAAACAUGGAAUGA